GCACUCAAUAAAGUACCACUAAUUUAGUUUCAAAAACAAAAACAAAAACUACCACUAAUUUUGUAAAAUGCACUUCUCUCUCUCUGUGUAUCCAUCGAUUCAUGCUCGUGACAAGCAGAAGAGAUGAUUGAACUGAAUUUCGCAUGUAACAAUGGGGGUAUAUCUUAGCACACCGAAAACUUCGAAAGCAUCCGAGGAUGGUGAGGAUGAUAGGCAUAAGUUUGGUGCGUCAUCCAUGCAAGGAUGGCGAUCAACUAUGGAAGAUGCGCACGCAGCUCUUCUGGAUUUGGAUGAUUCAACGGCUUUCUUUGGUGUUUAUGAUGGCCAUGGAGGUAAACAAGUUGCCAGGUUUUGUGCCAAGUAUCUUCACCAACAGGUGCUCAAGCAAGAAGCAUAUUUGAAUGGAGGAGAUCUAUGUGAUGCUCUGCGACAUGCUUUUCUCAGAAUGGAUGAGAUGAUGAGUGGAGAAAGAGGUUGGCGGGAGCUUGCGACAAUGGGAGAUACUAUGGACCAAAUUACUGGUAAAAUUGAAGGAUUUUUUUGGCACAGGCAUCAUGCAGAAAAUGAAGAGCAUAAACAUCAUGAAGAAAACACAGAACAUAAGCAUCAUACGCAUCAUAGAGAACAUAAAGAGCAUAAGCAUCACGCAGACCAUAAAGAGCAUAAGCAUCACACAGAUCAUAAAGAGCAUAAGCAUCAUUCAGAAAAUACAGAGCAGGCCGAUGAUUGGACCCCUGAAAAGGGACCUCACUCUGAUUUCGAAGGGCCAAAAUAUGGAAGCACAGCUUGUGUUGCAGUAGUCCGUGAAAACACACUGAUUGUUGCAAAUGCUGGUGAUUCUCGCUGUGUAAUAUCUCGAAGUGGUCAGGCAUAUAACAUGUCCAAAGACCACAAGCCUGAACUGAAGAGUGAAAAAGAGAGGAUAUAUGCGGCAGGAGGCUAUAUCUAUGGUGGACGGGUUAAUAGGACACUAAACUUGGCUAGAGCUAUUGGAGAUGCAGAGUUGAAAAGAGAUCAUUCACGGACAGCUGAGGAGCAAAUCGUCACUGCUAAUCCAGAUAUAACAACUGUUGAGCUUGACGGAAAUGAUGAAUUUAUUGUCCUUGCUUGCGAUGGAAUAUGGGAUUGCAUGUCAAGCCAAGAACUCGUGGACUUCGUUCACGAGCAACUGAUCUCUGAAAGUAAACUUUCAGCGGUAAUCGAGAGUGUUUUUGACAAGUGUAUAGCUCCAAAACCUAGCGGAGCGGGAUGUGACAACAUGACCAUGAUCUUAGUGCUCUUUAAGAAUUCUAAUUAUUAUCGAUUUGUCUUUAGUAAAAAACAUCAUCCUCAUCCCUCUCGACACAAUUCCGGGGAUGGUAGCAGUUCAUCGGAACCUUGAUGGAAGUCAUUGUGCAAUAUGUAUGUUCAUCAGAACUUGUUAUCCAAGUGUCCAAGCAGCAUAAUAUCUUCACUUGGUUCACCAACAAGUAAGAAAUGUCUCUGGUGAUGAAUCUUAGAAUCAAAAAAGAGAUAUAGGCAUCUCUCCUUUUUUUUUUUCUUUUUUAUGUAGUGAAAUCUUUUGUCGAUAAUGUAAUUUCUAUACUUUCUGCAAGUUGACAUUUGGUCUUUUCUAAGUGAAUAUUAUGUUUUUACGAGUACUGUUUGUGUUUUUUUUUUUUUGACAGAAUUUUUACGAGUACUGUUGAUUGUAUGGCAAAUGUACAGAAUGGUAGGCUCACCAUAUAUGAUCAUAUUCGAUCUUAUCCAUGUAACUGUACGUCAAAUUAAACUGAUAUAAGAGAGAAUAUUGAAGGAAAAUAUCAAAGAAAAAGUAAAAUGAUUAUUAUAGGCACAAAUUAUUAUGAAGUAAUUUGUGUUUAGAAAGUAAGAGUAAGUUUAUAGGAAUGUUGAAACAAAUUAUAUUUCUCUCUUUCUUUCUUUCCAUCUCUCUCUUCUCAAGCAUCUCUCACUCUCCUUUCCAUCCUCUCCUUCCUCUGCCACUCUCGAAUCCGCCGAGAGUCUCCGUCGCCGACACGAGCUCCGGCCGUCCUCCUCCAUUCCCCAGUCACUAUCAAUUUUCAUAAUCUCAUCAAAACCCCUUCUACAUGUGAGCCCAAUUGUGCAGUAGUUUGCAAACUCCCCAAAUCCAUUUACAACCCUGGCCUUGGUUUGAUUUUUUAUUAUUUAUUUAUAUAUUGUUUUUGGUAGAAACGAAGACUUUGCUCACAGAAAACUUUGUAUUAUGAUUUCUCUGUUAAACUAAAAUAGCCAGAUUUGAACCAUUUCAUCCUCACCUACGAUUUGAAUCACAAAAUUGAUUAAAAACUCGAGUAUUCCUAAUCCCUUUUUCAGAAAUCCCAUGGCUGCAUGUUUGCUUUUUGUGUUUUUUUGUUUUUUUCAGGGAUAUAUAAAAACUAAAGAAAGCUACCGACGAGACUCGGCCAAUGACUCCACGAUUUCGUACGGGAGAGACAGGAUAUCGGUGGUAGCCGAAGAGGAUGGUGGUGACAGCGGUAAUUCCGGGAUCAGAAUGAGAUCCGUGUGUCGGUUUCAGAAAAGAUGCAUUAAUUGUGCCUUAAUUGCGGCGUUAAUAUUUUGUUAAUUGUGCCUUAAUUGAAGGCUUAAUUGUCUUUUUAUGAGUUAUGUUUGUGGAAUAUUUUGACCACAAUUAAGUGUCAUUUAUUGAAGUGUUUUUAUUUUUAAUUAAUUACUAUUUAAUGUUGGUGUAUUUGAAUUGUUUCCAUACUAUUUUAUCUUCAGUGUUUGCUAACUAUUUUUAUUUAAUGUUUAUAAUAUCUUGCAGGUUCAAUGUUAAAUAUUGCACUCUACGGAAUUUUAGAAGUAGCAGAUGGAAAAGGACAUAAGUGUACAAAUCAUUUUAGCAUCGGAGGAUACGAGUUUUAUCUUGUAAUUUCUUUGUAAAGGAUGUAUAUUUGCUUUGUAGAGUACUCUUUUUCCCCCUUGAGUUUUUUUCCCAUCGUGUUUUUA